AUGUUCCUCUGUUUGUCUAUAAUCUUUAUUUUUCACAUUCUGUUUCCUCCAUUCUCCUUCUUUUCAUUUCUUUGCUCUAUUCUUUGUGCUUUCUUAUUUUCUUUUUGUUUAACUUUGUUACAAAAAACCGCGACAACUUUACCCAUCAUUCUCUGUCCACUACUUUCGCAAGUUGACUUCGUUUUCCCAUCAAUUGAUUUUCUUUCUUAUUUGAAACCAGUGAUUAUUUCUUUUGUAAUUCUUUCAAAGUUUCAUUCCUCCCUCUCUUUUCCUUCAUUUCUUUUUGACCGCCUCUGUUCAUCAUUUAUUCCCAUAUUUAGCCUUCAGCUUCUCGCCAUAGUGGAAGAGGGCAAAUCAGCUACUACUUACAAGGCAAGAGGCCAGCAAAAACAAAUCAUUCACUUCACUCAACAACAUCUUAUCUGCUUCUUUUUCCACUUUUCAAUCGAAAAGCCAAUAUUUACUAUAAUUAUUACAUUCUUUCUUUCUUUCUUUCUUUCUUUCUUUCUUUCUUUCUUUCAAGAUAGUCUUUCGCCCGUUUUCUUUACCAUCUUUCUUUCUUUUUUCUUUUUUUCUUUUUUUGUUUUUUCGGUUGCUCGUUCUUUUUUUGUUUGUUUGUUUCUUUAUUUUUAA